AAUUCGGCGACUGGAAAAUGUGAAUAUGAUAGUAUAACUCACUUUCAUUUUCCAGCUGUAUUGUCAAUCCCAAUCUUAGGCUGCUCUUUCAUUUUCUCUGAUGCCCCUCUGCUUGGUUUCAUUCUCCCUCUAAGGUGGAGCUGGUCGGUGGUUCAACGAUGCCGUUUCGCCUUUUUCUUCCUGACUCUCUCAGCUUCUCGUCUUCGUCCUUCAUGCAAUGAUUUAUAUGUUUUCUACUUUUCUUCUUCUGUUCCUCCCUCUCUUCAGCUGAACCAAAAGAUGCUGAAUAUUUCGGUGUCACUGUCUUCUAUGACUCCACAUAUCAUACCUUGGUCACGAAAUCCCAUAAUUAAGCUCCCUCAACUUUCGCACGCAUUGUCUUAUAGUGCCGCCACUGAUUCCCAUUCUUUCUCUGGACUUUCACGUGGGAAAGCUUCUUGCCCACCUUCUUAUUUUUGUGUUAGAGCUCAAAAAUCAGCUUCAUUUCUCGUUCUAAGUCGAAAAAAUGUAACCUUUAAGGUCGCCGCUGCUUUGGUGCCUGAAGCUAACAGUGAUGCUGAUGAGCCCAGCAAACCCAAUACUUUGAUUCGGACUCUACAGCUUGGGGCCAUGUUCGGAAUUUGGUACGUUUUGAACAUUUACUUCAACAUCUACAACAAACAGGUUCUAAAAGCCUAUCCAUUUCCAGCGACAGUGACAGCAUUUCAGUUUGGUUACACUACGCUGAUGAUUACUUUGAUCUGGACGUUUAAUCUCUACCCCAAACCAACGAUCAGUAGGUCACAGCUUCUAGCAAUCCUUCCGCUGGCUGUAGCUCACACAAUAGGUAACCUUUUGACUAACAUUAGCUUUGGAAAGGUUGCUGUAUCUUUCACUCACACAAUCAAAGCAUUGGAGCCUCUCUUCACAGUUGUUCUUGCUUCUCUGUUUCUUGGGGAGCAACCUACUUUCUGGGUGGUUACUUCCCUUGUGCCAAUAGUUGGUGGAGUGGCACUGGCAUCAAUGACUGAAGUCUCUUUCAAUUGGAUUGGUUUCGGCAGUGCUAUGGCAUCUAACCUUAUCAACCAAUCACGGAAUGUAUUGAGCAAAAAACUCAUGGUCAAUGAAGAGGAAAGCUUGGACAACAUAAACCUCUACUCAGUCAUAUCGAUGAUUUCCUUCAUUCUUUCGAUCCCAUUUGCCAUUUCUAUGGAAGGAUUCAAGUUUGCACCUUCAUUCCUGCAAUCUGCUGCAAGCCAAGGAUUGAAUGUUAGAGAGCUAUGUGUGAGAUUGCUGCUGGCUGGAUUCUGCUUCCACGCUUAUCAACAGGUUUCUUAUGGGAUAUUACAGAGGGUAUCCCCGGUGACUCACUCGGUCGGGAACUGUGUGAAGCGUGUGGUUGUCAUAGUAUCCUCAGUCAUCUUCUUUCAAACUCCUGUCUUGCUGGUCAACACCCUUGGAACUGCGGUGGCACUUGGUGGCGUGUUCUUUUAUUCAAGGGCUAAGCGGAAGGAGCCGAAAGGGGCGACAUAGAAUUAGAGCGAGUGGGAAGAGUUAAGCUACACAUUCUAUGAUUCCAGCCAACGAUGAUGAUGCUUUAAUGCUUUGUGAAUUAUAUGUAUAGUUGGACUUGCUUGUUCAGUCUUGAACUCAGGAUGAGAAGAGGCUUCUUCAAGAUUGCAUGCAAAUUUUGAAGCCUUGGAUCGCCAACCCUGCACAUGUACUUGGAACUUGAUUUACGGGUUUUUAGGUAGGUUCAAAAGCUUACUUCUUCAAUGGAUACAAACGACCUCGGGUAAUUGAAGGCAUCCUCUUCUAUGCU